AUCCCUGCUUACAUCAUAAACGAACGUACGUUUGACUAGCAACACAAAACAGAACCCUUCUAACAGACGGUUCCUUUGUUGUCAAAAUAUGUCCGGAAGAGGUAAAACCGGGGGGAAGGCCCGCGCGAAGGCUAAGUCUCGUUCAUCCAGAGCUGGACUUCAGUUUCCAGUCGGACGUGUACACAGAUUAUUACGCAAGGGAAAUUACGCCGAGCGCGUAGGCGCAGGAGCCCCCGUGUAUUUGGCCGCUGUCCUGGAAUACCUAACGGCUGAGAUCCUCGAGCUGGCAGGGAACGCAGCCCGAGACAACAAGAAAACAAGAAUCAUCCCCCGUCACCUGCAGCUGGCUGUCCGCAACGACGAAGAGCUCAACAAGCUUUUAGGCGGUGUUACCAUCGCCCAGGGCGGAGUGCUUCCAAACAUCCAGGCAGUGCUGCUGCCCAAGAAAACCGAGAAGCCAGCCAAGAGCAAGUAACGGAGCUUUGCGAUCAUGGACAAUGACAUAAACGCAGCUCGGCUAGUUUGAGCCCAAACGCACUCCCUCACACAAGAAGAGAUCUACACCACCACUGGCUAUAAAUGGCCAUGGGACGUUUAACCUGCCAUCACGGUGGACUAUCCUUACUGAAAAAAAAAACUCCAUUUGUGGGAUGAAUGAACAUCAGUAUUUCAUCGUAUAUGGACCAAUGUUGGUUACAUUUUAUUUGUCACUGCUUUAAAUUACAUGCAAGUCAUGUCAGUUAUCUGCUGUUUAAGUGAUUAUGUUGUUUCAAUAAAUGUUGAGUGCCAGUGGAAGGCACAAAGAA